UCGGUCGGAUGUACGUCGCGUUGGUUCAGGACGAUUUUUUUUCUGCUGGUGGCAUUGUGUAAAAGUUGAUAAAGCAAACUGUCAACAGGAAGAAGACACAAGGUGUGCGUUCGCCAGCUGAGGAUCGCCAGCAACAACAGCAGCAUCCCAUUCGCGUUUAGAUUGUUGUUAUUGGGAAGAAGACGUGGUUCAAGAAGAAAAUCAGAAGCGAUCGAAGCAAAAGAAGUGACCGGGCAAGUUCUUUCUAGAUAGUGGUGUUGUCGUCCGUCCGAUGGCGACGAGAUGAUGUUGAAGGUCGCGAUGUGAAUAUUGUGCAAGACUUUUGACUGCUCGAUAGAGGGAUAGGGCAAUAAGGACAACGGCGACGUGAGUUUUUGUGUUGUGCUCCGCUCGCGUCAGUAAUUAUUAUUGCUUUCGAUAUUAUUCUUGUUGAAGAAGAAGUGUACAAGUCGAGUGUGGGCCGUCGCCGCCCGCUGGCGUUCUGUCUCUGUUGUGUAGAUAGAUUGAUGCUAUACCACAACUCCACACAUGGCGACGCGAGAUUGCCGAGGGCCGUAAUUGAAGAAUAGCAGUUUUAAAAGGUUUGAACCGAAAACAGGAAAUGAGUAUGUGUAUGAAGAAGAAGAAGGAGCAGUAAGGUGUCAGUUCAAGUGGAUGAUUAUUUCUUUGCCGUUCAGUCAGAGAAUAAGAAACGGUUCGAAAUUGGUAGUUGUGAUUUGGUUUUUAGUGCAUAAUUGUGAUUUAUGAAAAAUCAUACGAUAAUAGUAGAGUGUUGAAGACUGCGAAACCAGUCAGCCAACGUUGUGUCUAUUGAAGAAGUGUAUCCACGUUCGGUGAACGGACACGAACGGAUCUCCAAAUCCAGAUUAUUAUUGGCCGCAAAAAGGAGAACGCUGGUGAACCUGAAGAAAUCCAUCAAGGAAGAACCACGACGAGGCAAACAACCGGCAACGAAGCAAAAGUGUUUUUUUUUUGUUUUCUUUCUUCUGUCGACACAUGUAUUAGUGAAUCGAAAUCUGUGUGGUAUCGCAAAGGAAGAUAAACAAGCGACGAAGAAAUAAAUAAACCAAAAAGAUAAAUACCUAUACCGUGUGUACCCAUCGUCAGUCAGACAGAGUAUCUUCUGAUCAAGUUGUUAUUAUUCGCAAUGUGUUGGUGUAAAUAUAAAUAAAAAAAUCGCUGUUUUGAAGCGCGAACUGGUCCUCGAUGGAUUCUUGCUCGCUCCAAGAAUGUGGCUUCGGCGGGUUGAAAAAAUGACCUAGAAGAAGGCGCAGCAGGGAAGACGAAACCCCGAGAAGCGAGCGAUCAUAAAAGUGAACGUGUCCCGUAAAAGGGAUUGGAUAGGAAAGGAAUAGCAGAGAGCAAAUAAAUAAAAACUCAUUCAGCAGAAUCGGUGCUUGAAAAAAAAACGCGUUGUGUGAAUGUCUUUUCCGCAGUUCGGCACGGGCGAGAAAAAUAUUACGACAUAGGUGCCCGCGAGAGCUGCCGGUGUGACGGUGAAUGUAAAUAAAAAUAGCUGUCAUAGAGAGCAGCCAAAGACGAUGACAUCGACGAAGACGGGUGGAAGCAGAGUGCGCAAUAGAAUCCGCCCAUCGUCGUCGUCGUCUAGUGUGAAAAGUGCAACGAUGAUGCUAGUGUUGGGAUUGGUGUUGCUUGUCGCCGCGACGCUGCAGCCAACGACCGCGGUUGGCAUUGAAAAAUCACCGAGUGCAGGUGUUGGUGCCAGCACACUGACCAAAGCUGGCGGCAGCGUGGUCAGUGCUCAUGCUGGUGGUGGUGCUAGUCAUCCAGAAGAAGAAGGCUAUGUUGGUGGUGAUGGUGUGAUUAAUCAUGAAAAUCAAAACAAGAAUGAAGAAUCAACGGUGAGUCCUGACGAAGCAGAAGCAGCAACAGCACCAACGCUGUCCAUUGUGAAGAGACAUCCAGCGUCGACAACGGCUCCUCCGGCGUUAGAUUCCGAUUUUCUAGGUAUGCCAUAUUUGGCGUUAUGGCAUCUUGAACAGGAACAGCCAACCGUAAAAAUCACCUGCCCGAGAUCGCACUUUACCUGCGGGGAUGGAAAAUGUAUACCCCAGCACUGGAAAUGUGAUACCUACGCCGACUGUACGGACGGAUCGGACGAAAUCGAUUGUGGUAAAGCCCACACAUGCAAGGAGGAGCAAUUUCAGUGCAAACUGACCAACAAAUGCAUCCCGCGGAGUUGGACCUGCGACGGGGAUGCCGACUGUGGAGUGGUGGAGCAGUUCCGUACCAUCGACGUGUCGGACGAGGACGCGGAACUGUGCCGCAGCUCGAAGCACUGUCUUCCAACGCAAACCGUUUGCAGCAACGGCAAGUGUUUAGAUAUAGAGAAAUUCUGCGACGGACUGUGGGACUGCUCGAACGACGAGCUGCGGUGUCCCAAGAACGACUCCUCGGAGUGCGAUGCCCUGAAGUGUUCCUACGACUGCCGGCAAACGCCGAACGGUCCAAAGUGUUUUUGUGCCAAAGGAAGUCAACCGAAUGGAAGUGUGUGCGAGGAUUUUGACGAGUGCAAGAUCGAGGGGAUUUGCGAUCAGACGUGUAAGAACCUUCCGGGAUCAUACAAGUGUACCUGCGCCAGUGGGUACGCCCGGAUCGACAACAAGUGCCUGGCUAUUAAUACUCCAAAGGAGGAACCAAUGUCCCUUCUCUUUGCCACAUCAGCUGAUGUGCAGAAAUUUCCUGUGAUCAACGGUACCGUCACAACCAAUGAAAGUUCACCUAGUAUAAAAUUGCCGUUCAAUAAUGUCCGAGCGUUGGAGAUGUAUCACCGCAAUCGAACGAUAUGCCUGAUUCGGUCAACACCGAACACCCGCUUCGAAUGCUACAAUGUGGACAAUGUGACCCAUACGUGGGAAAUGCCACUGCCAGACCUGUUUCCCAACAUCGAUUCCGUCGAUCAGGUCAGCAUAGAUUGGAUCUCCGGAAACUGGUACUUUCUGGAUGAUCAACGAGAAAUUAUCUUCGUCUGUUCGGCCCAGAUGCAACACUGCACGAUUAUCCUGGAAAAUGAUCUCAUGAAGCCUCGGGGGAUGGCUCUGGAUCCUACCGUGGGGUUUCUCUUCUUCACCAAAUGGGGUAAAUCGUUGGCCAGUGUGGAGCGGUCCUUUCUCGACGGGAGUAACCGAACGUCGAUCGUGCUGCAGAAGAUCGUUUAUCCCCAUGGGGUGGCGUUGGACCUAGCCUUGCAGCAUGCGUACUGGGUCGAUACCUAUUUGGAUUCGAUCGAACGGGUUGACUACGAUGGAAGCAAUCGGUGGUUUCUGAAGAAAUCUGCCAAUUUUAUGAUCAACCUUCAGUCCAUUCAUACGGUUAAUGUUUUCGAGUCAACGAUUUUUCUGGCCUCGUGGAAAAACCGAUCCAUAGUCGCGAUCGACAAGUUCACACCGGACGCAAAGCUGGUCACCACGGACAUUCCACGGGCAUUUCACCUGCACGUGUUUCACCGGCAGAAGCAACCAGAAACGGCACACCCUUGCCGGCGACAGAAUGGCGGUUGCGAUCAUCUGUGCAUUCCGGUGUGGAAGAAGUCGGUGGCCAUCGGGCUGUGCAUGUGCUCACCGGGCUAUCGGUUGAAGUCGAAAACGCAGUGCGUGCUAAUCAAGCGGCCAACGUUUCUCAUCUAUGCCAAAUCGAACCCCGGAAUGAUUCGUGGCAUUCCCCUGGGUUUUAAGUCACAGGAAGCCAUCGUACCGGUGUCGGAUCUCGGACGGGACAUCACAUUCGACUAUCACAUCGAGGACCAGCUGAUCUACUUUGCGCAUCACGAUAAAAUCCAAUCAAAAUUCUCCAUCGAGAGCCAAAAGCUGGACGGAAGCGGUCGGGAAAAGCUCUGGGAAGCGGAAGGUUCCUGCGACGGGCUGGCCUACGACUGGGUCGGCCAUAAUCUGUUCUACACCAACUCCGAACGGGGACGCAUCACGGUCCUCAAGUUGGGUGCAAAGCCAAUAGCUCACAUUCUGCUCAACGAUCUAGUCCGACCGCAGUCGAUCGUGCUGGAUCCGAAGAAGGGCAUGAUGUACUGGUCGUCGUGGGCUCCCAGAGAUGGCAAAAUCGAGUGGGCCUGGAUGGAUGGCAACCGGAGGGACACGCUCGCCGACGGACAUGUUCGACCGAUGAUCUGGCCCAGCGGACUGGUGCUGGAUCAGAUCCAGAAGCGACUGUACUGGUGUGACUCCCGGACGGGGUUGAUCGAGACUGUGACCUUGGAUGGGCAGGACCGAAGACUGCUGUAUGACGGGGAGGCGGGGAAUCAUUACCCGGUGGCGAUCGGAGUGUACAAAGAGCAGAUUUAUUUUUCAGACAGCGUGAAGGGCAACAUCGAGCGGUUCAAUGUGAGCAAUCCGAAUUCGACCGACACGAUCGCGGUAGUGAAACCGCGAUUGUUCGGGCUGAAGAUAUUCGACAACCUUACGCAGUACAAUGCCAACCAUCAGCAGUUGUGCGACAAUGGAUGUCCGGGAAUAUGCAUCAACACGCCAGUUCGUGCAGAAUGCGUCUGUGAGGAGUCGUUUGUGCUUAACGAAAAUCGUACCGAGUGCGUACAGUUGGCCACGGUUUUUAAAACUCCGAAGAAGUGCCCCAAUGCGACGGAUUUUCUGUGUAAAAACAGAGUCCAGUGCAUCGAUCAGAGGUUUACCUGCGAUGACGAUCGGGACUGUGAUGAUGGAAGUGACGAAGAGCAGACGCCGGAUGGACCGUGCAAUCCGAACUGCGAUCUGGAGCACAACUUCAAGUGCGAUGAUCAAAGGUGCAUCAAUAGGUCCCUGGUGUGCGACGGCACGGUGAACUGUAUCGACGAAACGGACGAAGACUACGUGAACUGCUCGAACGUGACCUGCAUCGACAACUUCUUCCAGUGCGAAACCAGUCGACGGUGCAUUCCGAAAACUUGGGUCUGCGAUCGUCAUCCGGACUGUGGUCCGUACGAUCUGUCCGAUGAACCGGCGCACUGCCAAAAGUGUGAAGAGUUUGAAUGCAAGAAUGGAGUUUGCAUCUCGUUCGAGCAGCUCUGCAAUGGAGAGAACGAUUGCGGUGACCACUCGGAUGAGGUUCAGUGCGACAUAGAGUGUAAAACGAAUGAGUUCUACUGCAGUCCGUACGGGUGUAUUGAUCGGUCGCAGAUGUGCGAUCCCAAGUUGAACUGCUUGAAUGCAUACGGUGGUUGCGAACACACGAUGAACGGCAGCAGUCUGAACGGGACGACUGUGGCUCCGGCUGGACCGGCCAAGACCGAAGAUGAAGUGGCAGCUCAAUGCAGGCAAGAGGUUCAACAGCUAUGUGGCAGUGAUCAAAAGUGUGUCGAUAAUUACAACAGGUUGUGUCAGAAUGUGACUUUUUCGGUAUACAACGAGACAACGGUUUGUCAGUAUCCCAACAGAACCUGUCUGGCAACGAAUACUUGUAUCAAUGUCGAUCAACUCUGUGACGGAAGAAUGGAUUGUCCGGACAAUAUGGACGAGGGAUUUCGUUGCAAGGAUCAACUUUGUGAUAAAGCCCCCAAGGAAUGUUCCCAUACUUGUCACAACGCACCGGAAGGCUUUGUGUGCUCCUGCCCGGAGCAUCUAUACCUACAGCCCAAUCUGAAAGAUUGUAAGGUAGACCAUGCUUGCGAACAUUGGGGCACAUGUUCGCAGGUUUGUACCCCCGAUGGAAAGCAUUACAGAUGCAGUUGCAAAGAAGGAUACACUUUGACAUUCGACAAGUUCACCUGCCGGAGCAAUAAUCCCGACGCGCCACACGUGAUCUUUAGCAAUCGACAGGAAAUUCGUGGUGUAGAUUUGAACACGCUGGCCGUGAAGAAUUUCUACACAUCACUGAGGAACACAAUCGCGCUGGAUUUUCUCUGGCGGAACGAUUCGAUUCAGGUCUUCUGGACGGACGUGAUCGAUGACAAGAUCUUUCGAGGAACGCUAACCGGAGACUCGUUGAGCAACGUGGAAGCCGUCGUUCAGUCUGGGCUGUCUACGGCUGAAGGACUGGCGGUGGAUUGGAUCGGAAUGAAUUUGUACUGGAUCGACAGCAACUUGGAUCAGAUCGAGGUUGCUAAGACCAACGGUAGCUACCGGAGAACUCUAGUUGCCGGGGACAUGGUUAAUCCUAGAGCGAUCGCAUUAGAUCCCAUGGAAGGACUACUCUUCUGGACGGAUUGGGAAGAAGGUGCUCCCAGGCUGGAACGAUGCACGAUGGCGGGUGAAGACCGCACCACGAUCAAGUAUGUCGGUUUGGACGGGGGUUGGCCCAACGGAAUAACCUUAGACUACGUCCUGAAACGAGUCUACUGGAUCGAUGCCCGCUCGGACUCGAUCCACACGAUAACCUACAACGGCAACAACCACCAUCUGGUCAUCAAAGAUCAGGAGGUCCUGUCGCAUCCUUUCAGCAUAACACUGUUCGACAACUACGUCUACUGGACCGACUGGCGAACCAAUUCGGUCAUCCGUGCUAACAAAUGGAACGGCACGGAGGUCACCGUCAUACAACGAACUCAAAGUCAACCCUUUGGUAUACAGAUUCUUCAUUCCAGCCGACAACCGAACGAUCAUUCCCACAAUCCGUGUGGGCAGAAUAACGGGGGAUGCUCGCACCUGUGCCUUCUCAGCGUCAAUCGGACUUUCCAGUGUGCCUGUCCGCAUGUGAUGCGACUGAACGGAAACAAGAAGCGUUGCAUUCCCAACGAAGAGAUCUUACUGUUUGUCAUGUCCACCGAGAUCCGAGGUGUGGAUCUGCAGCAACCCAAUCACUACACCAUUCCGACCAUCAGCCACCAGACGCAGGUGGUCCAGCCAGCAGUACUGGACUAUGACAUAUCGGCAACUCGACUCUAUUGGAACGAUGUGCAGUUAAAUGAAAUCAAGUCGUCGGACUUGGCGACGGGACCCAUCGAGACCAUCCUGGAUACGGACAUUGCCAAUUCGCUGGGUUUCGCGGUGGACUGGAUUACGAAACUGCUGUUCGUCUCCACGGGAACGGAAAGCAACAGCCGAAUUCUGGCGUGCAACAUGAAGGGGGAGUUUAUCACGGAGAUCCUGACGGAUCUGUCGCUGGUCAACUCGCUGGUUGUGAAUCCCUCCAAGGGAAUACUGUACUUUGCCACGACGAGCGAAUCACCGAAGCUGUACGAGAUGUACUCCAGCCGGAUGGACGGUUCGGAGAAGCAGUUGAUCAGCAAUUCGACCUUCUAUCCGAUGGAAAGCUUGGUCCUGGAUUUCGAAACGGAACGGCUGUACUACAUCACCGUUAAUAUGGGAGAGAUCUACUACUAUGACAUUGAAAGUGGCAAGAUCAUCAAAGUGCUCGCGUCGAUCGGUUCGCAUCCGAUCAGCACGAUGACCAUCUACCGAGAGCACAUCUACUUCGACGACGGGUUCGACAGCCGGAUCAUGCGCUGCAACAAGGACCUUUGCCAAAAUCCGGAAGCCGUGCGGAACAACACCGGAGGGGUUAAUGCGAUCCGGAUGUACCACCCGGGAGCGCAGAACGGUACCAAUUCGUGUCGCAAGACCAACGGAGGCGGUUGUCAACAUCUGUGCGUGCCGCUGUCGGCUCAGACGCACACCUGCAAGUGUGCUAUGGGUUAUCGACAGGAUGCAAACGAUGCGUCACGGUGCGUGGGGAUCGAAAAUUUCCUAAUGUACUCGAUUGGGCAUCAGCUGAAGGGAUUACCGGUGGGGAAGGCACUAAACCAAAAAGAAGUGGUGCUCGGACCGCUGCAGAAGAUCUCAUUGGCUACCAGUAUCGAUUAUCAUGCGAAAAGUGAUUUUGUUUAUAUUGCCGACAAUGAUCGGGGGUCGAUAACGAAGAUCAAGCGAGAUGGUAGCGAACGAUCGGUGAUUGUGAGUAAUUUUGAACAGGUGGUUGAUGGGAACUCGUUGGAUUGGCUGGGUGGAAUCGCGAUCGAUUGGGUGGCCGAUAAUAUCUACUGGACGGAUCAGAAGAGGAACCUUAUCGAGGUGGCGCGGUUGAAUGGGUCGAUGAGGUUCGUGGUGGCGUCGAACCUGGAGAGUCCACAGUUGAUCGCGGUUGACCCAAUUGGCGGAUAUAUAUUCUAUGCUGGAAAGGGCAAGAUCGGAAGGACCGGUUUGGACGGUACGGGGAAGUUUAUCCUUGUAAAUCAUACUUCCAUGAUUAGUGACCUGACAUUGGAUAUCGACAAUCAGGUUGUGUACUGGUGCGAGGUUCAAACGGACAGUAUCUGGAGAGUUGAUUACGAUGGAAAUAUGAAAAAUGUCCUGUUGAACAACACGCUGGACAACGUUCAGGCGUUGGAUUUAUACGAAGACAACAUUUUCUGGUCAGAUGUGCGAGGGAAUAUCAAGGUGGCAAAUGUGAGGAACAUCAACAACUUUUGGUCGCUGAUCGAGUCCGAGGGAAAUCCCAUGAAAGAUAUUAAAAUAUUCUCGUCCAAGAAGCAACAGAAAACCAACGCUUGCGGGAAAAACAAUGGCGGCUGCCAGCAUCUAUGUUUGUUCAACGGGACGCAUCCAAUUUGUGCUUGCUCACAUGGUAAAGUAUCAACAACGGACUUCAAAACCUGCGAACCGUACGAUAGUUUCCUAAUUUACUCGCGGGUUUCCGCAAUUGAGAGCAUCCAUUUGACCGAUUCUCACAAUCGUAAUGGUCCUAUCCCGGAGAUUCAAAACUCGACCUUCCUUAAAAACACGAUCGCCCUAACGUACGACUACGACCAAAACUUAAUCUACUAUUCGGACGUCGAGUACAGUUCAAUCAACUCUGUGUAUUUCAAUGGUUCACACCAUCGGCAGAUCAUCACCAAGCAGCUAACCGUCGAAGGUCUAGCGUUCAACCCCAUUACCAAGCACCUCUUCUGGACGUCGAACAACGAAGCCUCCAUCCGCUCGUUGGACAUGACCAAUAUAACCGCUGAUCCCAAAUCCAAUGCCGGUUUAGUUAAAGAGCUGAUCAAGCUUAAACCGACGGAUAAACCCCGAGGGAUCGCCGUUGAACCAUGUCUGGCCAUGAUUUACUGGACCAACUGGAACCCGCUGUCGGCGUCAAUUCAGCGAGCCUAUCCUUCCGGUUUCGGCUUGGAGAGCAUCAUCACCACAGACAUCCGAAUGCCGAACGCUAUCACACUGGACUACCAGGCAAAGAAGCUGUACUGGGCUGACGCUCGGUACGACAAAAUCGAACGUGCAGACUACGAUGGACGAAAUCGGGUAGUGCUAGCGCACUCAACACCGAAACAUCCCUUCGCGAUGGCCGUCUAUGGAGAUUUACUGUUUUGGACGGAUUGGAUCCUACACGCAGUGAUCCGGGCGAACAAGUACUCCGGAAGCGAUGUGCUAUGGUUGCGAAACGAUAUCGUCCGGCCGAUGGGCAUUGUAGCUGUGCAGAAGAUCGACCAAGACUGCAGUGCGGAUCCGUGCCGGAUACUGAACGGUGGCUGUGAGGAUGUGUGUAUGAUCGAUGCGGCUGGAAAGAUCCAGUGCAGCUGCACUCAAGGAGUUCUCGCAGCGGACGGACACCGAUGUGUUCCUCUGCUGUCGUCUCACUGUAAGGAAGAUGAAUUUAGCUGUUCGGCCGGAGGAUGCAUUCCGUUUUACCUGACGUGCGAUAAAAUCCCACACUGUAUAGACGAUUCGGACGAGGUGCCGAGUUUCUGCGCGACCCGGGUAUGUCCGAAAGGCUUCUUCCUGUGCUCGAACCGUCGUUGUAUUCCGGAGUCGCAGCGUUGCGAUGACAUCCAGAACUGUGGCGAUGGCAGUGACGAGGAACUUUGUCCGUGUGAUCCGGAAACAAAAUUUCGGUGCAACAAUGGACAGUGUAUAUUGAAAAAGCAUCACUGUGAUCACGAUCCGGAUUGUGUGGAUGCUUCAGAUGAGAUUGGUUGUCCAAAGGUGCGCAAUUGUACAGACGGAGACUUUCUGAACUGCCCGAACACUUCCGCUUGCUACAUGCCUUCGUGGGUUUGCGACGGAGAGAACGAUUGCUGGGAUAACAGCGACGAGCAAAACUGCAGCACUACAACCGUUCCAACCUGUCCGACGGAUAAGUUCCUGUGUGACAAUGGGCACUGUAUUCCACAGAACUGGCGCUGCGACAACGAAGAUGACUGUCUGGACGGUACGGUCACUAGCCUGAGCUCGGACGAGGUUAACUGCACGCGUCACUGCAAGUCAAAUCAGUUUCAGUGUUUGAAUUCUUCCGAGUGUAUUCCGAACAGCUGGCAGUGCGACAAUAAUCCGGACUGUGCCGAUGGAUCGGAUGAGGGAGAACACUGUCAGCAGCGAAAGUGCCCCGAUUGGGAGUUCCAGUGCCCAGGAAGUGGACGCUGUAUUCCUAAGAAGUGGGUUUGCGAUGGAGAAGUCGACUGUUUUUACGAUGGAUCGGAUGAGAAGGACUGUGACUCGAUGGAUCAUAGCUGCGAUCCGGAUUCAUUUACAUGUCAUAGUGGGGAGUGCAUCAGUAGAGUGUUUGUUUGCGACGGAGACACGGAUUGCGUAGAUGGAUCCGAUGAACCCAUUAACUGUACUGAAAGUAGCGUUGUGGUAACGUGCAAACCCGAGGAAUUCCGGUGCAAGAACCAAAAGUGUAUUCCGAAAAAUCUAACCUGCAACGUGAACAAUGAUUGCGAAGAUGGAUCGGAUGAGGACAUCCAGCUGUGCAAGAACACGACCCUGAUCUGUGCUGGUCCGGAACUAUUCCGUUGCGAAAGUGGAGGGUGCAUCACUAGUGGAAUGCUGUGCGACGGAGCUAACGAUUGCGGCGACUGGAGUGACGAGAAGUCGUGCAAGAUCAACGAAUGCGAACAGAUGCCGGAACUGUGUGCUCAUGCGUGCGAAGAUCGCGAAGUCGGCUAUGAGUGCACUUGUCGGCCCGGGUUCAAAGUUAACGUGAUCAAUAAGCAUCUUUGCGACGACAUAGACGAAUGCGUUGAUCGACCUUGCAGCCAAACCUGUAUCAAUUCCUACGGAUCGUACCACUGCUUAUGUCGCGAAGGUUACGUGAUGCGAGAAAAUGGAACAUGCAAAGCAAAUACCGUCGAAAAUGUGAAGCUGAUAUUCUCCAAUCGGUAUUACGUCCGAGAGGUAGAUCUCAAUGGAACCAUGUCCAUCCUGGCUCAUAACCUAUCGAAUGCGGUGGCGCUGGACUUUGACUGGGAAACAAAGUGCUACUAUUGGUCCGACGUGAAUUCGGUUAUCAGCUCCAUUAAACGCAUGUGUCUUAGUUCGAAUCGCACAGAAACCUUACACAAGUCCACUCUAAAGAACCCGGACGGCUUGGCGAUUGAUUGGGUCGCCCGGAAUCUCUACUGGUGCGACAAAAGUCUGGACACGAUUGAAAUCUCCAAACUGGACGGACGCUAUCGGAAGAUACUGAUUUCGGAUAACCUCCAGGAGCCGAGAGCGAUCGUACUGGAUCCCUUUCGCAGGAACUUGUACUGGACCGACUGGGGUGAUCAGCCGUACAUCGGUAAGGCAGGUAUGGAUGGAUCGAACCAAACCAUGCUAAUCAAGAACCAUCUCGGUUGGCCAAAUGCUCUGACGAUCAGCUUCGAGACGAACGAACUCUUCUGGGGUGAUGCCCGCGAAGAUUUCAUAGCCGUAAGUGAUCUGGAAGGUCGCAAUCGGAAGGUGGUACUCUACCGGGAUAUGCAUCCGAGCAUGAACCUGCAUCACAUCUUCGCCAUUGCCGUGUGGGAAGACCGGAUCUACUGGACCGAUUGGGAAACGAAAUCUAUCGAAUUCUGUCACAAGUAUCGAGGAGACAACUGCGGUACGUUGAUGAAGACGAUACAUCGACCCAUGGAUCUGAGAGUCUUCCAUCCUUAUCGGCAACGGAAACCGAUAGAGGACCCAUGCCUACUCGCUGGCUGCACUACACUGUGUCUUUUAUCGCCGGAAGCCCCAGGUUACAAGUGUGCCUGUCCGGAUAAUUUCAUCUUGGGGACAGACAACAAGACCUGCCUUCCGAACUGCUCGUCGGCUCAGUUCCAAUGCAAGACCACGUUCAAGUGUAUCCCUUACUACUGGAAGUGUGACAAACAGGAUGAUUGCGGUGACAACAGCGACGAACCGGAUGAUUGUCCGGCGUUUUCCUGCGAAUCGGGCCAGUUCCAGUGCGACAACAACAAAUGCAUUAGUCCGAGUUCGAUUUGCGACGGUCAGGAUCAGUGCGGUGACGAGUCGGAUGAAAAAGAUUGCGACGAUUAUGAGUGUUUCAGUUCGCAGUUCAAGUGCAGUCGAUCGAGUACGAAGAAUGCAUUUUGUUUGGAUGGACAUAAGCGUUGUGAUGGGACUCAGGAUUGUCCCAAUGGAGAGGACGAGGAUGGUUGCGAGGUGACGACCUGUGCCGAUCAUCAGUUCAAGUGUGGUUCGGGCAAAUGUAUCACCAAGGUUUGGGCUUGCGAUGGCGACAUUGACUGCACGGAUGGGUCGGACGAACGGGACUGCGGCGAGCGGACUUGUGGGGACAAUGAAUUCAGAUGUAAAAAGGGUCGCUGCAUCCCGAUGUCGUGGCGCUGUGACGGCGAGGAUGACUGUUCGGAUGGAGAAGACGAGAAGGAGAACUGCAAGCCACCGGAUGUGGUGACGUGUGAGGCGACCUACUUCCGGUGUAACAACUCCAAGUGCAUUCCCGGCCGGUGGCAGUGUGAUUACGAGAACGAUUGCGAGGAUAAUUCGGACGAGGUCAACUGCCGGAUGCGUAACUGUUCGGAGUCGGAAUUCCGCUGCCGGGAUGGAUAUUGCAUCAGGGGUAUUAGGAGGUGCGAUGGGGAGUACAACUGUGCCGAUCAUAGCGAUGAAGAAGAUUGCGACGUGAGCUGCAAGCCGGACGAGUUCAAGUGCAAGAGCCACAACAUGUGUGUGAGCACGAACUUGAUCUGCGAUGGUGACAACGACUGCAUCGAUGGAUCGGACGAGGAAAAAUGCGCCUGCCGUGACGACGAAUACCGAUGUGACAACGGCAAGUGCAUCCUCAAGAACUGGGUCUGCGAUGGAAUCGACGACUGUUUGGACCGAUCGGACGAAAAGUCCGAGUACUGCCAGGAGCAUGGAUGCAACAAACGUGCCUUCAAAUGUAGCAAUAGGAACUGCAUCCGUAAGGGGCUGAUGUGUGACAAUAAGGACGACUGUGGGGACAACAGCGACGAGAAGGGCAGUCUGUGCCACAAGUGUCCGCCGAAUUCGUUCCGCUGCAGUAGUGAUUCCAAAUGCAUUGCCAACGAGUUGCGAUGCGAUGGGCUGCCAAACUGUUUGGAUGAGUCGGAUGAGUUGGGCUGCCGGCGAUCGGAUUGUGGGUUCGGAUCGUGCAGUCAGAUUUGUUUGGUCAAGAAGGGACACUACAAUUGCCAGUGUGCAGCCGGCUAUCAGAAGGGACCGAAGCGAAACGAUACCUGUUUGGCGACGGAGGAAGGUGGUCUGUUGCUGGUUUCGUCCGAGUCAGAUUUCAGAAGCAUCUUUCUGGGUACGACGGUGAUGGGCUUCCUGCAGACAAAUUCCAUGAAGAUCGAUCGGUUCGAUUACUCAAUCACCAAGCACAACAUUACGCUAUUUUGGAUUGACAGUUUCGAUAAGAGCUUACAAAAGGUUCACAUGGACACUACCGUGAAGGUUGAAGAAUCGGCAGUAGCUCAGCAUAGUGUAUACCGUAGAAAUCUGCCACCGAGCGAUCGUAUCAAGACGUUAGAUGGCAAGCACUCGAUCGUUGUUCUGAAAGACCAGAAAGUCAUUCCCCUUGCGAUCGCUUGCGAUUGGCUGACGGAGCACAUCUACGUGAUCAAUAAGAAGCAGAGCAACAUCUUUGUGAUAACCUUUAACGGUACCAACCACACGACGUUGACAGCGACCGGAAAGCAUCCGAUCGACAUCGUGGUCGAUCCAAUUAAUCGAGUGAUGGUUUGGUCCAUUAUGGAGGCAAUCAUCCUGUCCGGAAUGGAUGGAUACAAAAAGCAGAAGCUGGUUCAGGCGAACAUCGAAUGGGCUUCGGGGUUGGCGAUUGAUCAGACCACGAAUCGGCUGUACUGGGCCGAUUACCGCAAGAGUACGAUCGAGACGUGUCUGCUGAUGACCGGCGGGGAUCGGCACGUUAUCAGCGAGAUGCACGACGUUUCGAAGCCAAAACUGUUGGACGUCUUCGAGGACACUGUCUAUGUGAUACUGUACAAUCAGAACAUUCUCCGGCUGAACAAGUUUGGACGGGACAACGGUACGGAGGUGUUCCAGGGCACGAGAGGAUACCGGUCGUCCGAUUUGCACUACAUUCAUCCGCUGAAGCAUAAUCGGAAAGCUGCCAACCCAUGUAGCAUGUACCCGUGCCACGAAUCGGCCGUAUGUCUACUGUCCAUCGAAGAGCCCCAGGGUCGAAGGUGUCUAUGUCCGGACAAUCACAAGGUCGCAAACCAAACGGCCCCGAUCGUUCAAUGCACGAAGGAAGCACCAAUGGAGUGCAAAUUGCCGUGCAAUUUCGGAACGUGCGUCAUCGAGAACGACCAGCAACGGUGCCAGUGUCCGCCGCUGUUCGACGGCAAGUACUGCGAGCACUACAUCUGUUCCGGAUACUGUAAGAAUCGGGGAGCGUGCUACAUCGUGAACAAUAACGAGCGCAAGUGUACCUGUCUGCCGCAGUGGACCGGAGAACAGUGUGAUAUUUCUACCGAGGCUUGCUUAAGCUACUGCCACAAUGGAGGUAACUGUUCGAUUUCGAACAACGGGAGCCUGUCGUGUAGCUGCCCGAAGGGCUACAGUGGCCCGCAGUGUGAACAAUGUUCAAAUCUCAGGUGCGAGAAUGGUGGCAUCUGUAGGAAAACGGCCACCGAUAAGGACCAGUGCGAGUGUCAAGAUGGAUUCAAUGGCCGCAGCUGUGAGAUCAACACCUGUGACAACUAUUGUCACAACGGAGGUCGAUGCACAAUAGAAAAGGGCCUUCCGAAAUGCAGUUGCCUGGAAACAACUUCCGGUGAUCGAUGUGAAAAUCUCGGUUGUAAGGAACUGUGCAGAAAUGGAGGUUUUUGCAUAUCCGGUAAGAACCCGUUCUGCAGCUGUCGAUCAAAUUACGAAGGCCCGUACUGUGAGAUCGAUAAUUGCGAACGUGUCCAAAAUCGACCGGACGAUUGCCCAGCGUUACGUUCAACUGUACCGACUUCGUGCGAACAUUUCAUCUGCAGCAACAGCGGUCACUGCAUGGAGGUUCGCGGAAAACCAAUCUGCAAUUGUACCAACCAGUACGGUGGCAAGCACUGCGAAAUGUACGUUGGCUACAACAAUCCGUGCAUUAACUACUGCUUGCACAGUGGCAUUUGCCAACUGGAUGCCUUCUCGGGAGCGAACGUGACGUACGUGCCGUCGUGCGUGUGUGUCGGCGAGUGGACCGGAACGCAGUGCGAGCGGCCACCGAACUGUAUCGACGAAUGCGGUACAUGUGUGGCCGGUAGUUCCAUCAAUGAAUGCAUGUGCGAGGACGGACAGCUCAGCACCUGUCUGAAGGAAAUCGCUCUCGCAGAACUGGAGAGCCGAGAUCGAACCGGUUACACGCUGUCCAUUUUAGCAAUUGUGCUAUUUGUGAUACUGAUAGCGGUAGCCGGCUUCGGAGGGGCUCUCUAUGGAUUGAAGAAACGAAGGGGUGGGCAACCAUUUUCACACGCUCGGCUGACGGAGAACGUGGAGAUCACCAAUCCCAUGUACCUGGGUGAUGUGGAAGAGGUGCCGUCGUUUGUACACGAGGAUGAUAAGGCCCACUUUGCCAAUCCCGUGUACGACUCGAUGUACGCCGGCGGGGUGAACGUGCACGCCGAUUCGUCGUCGAUACCGGGCAACAGCAACCAUCCGCUGUUGAAUGUGUCCGGCUCGGCCCCGGAGGAGAAGAAGGGCCUGCUCCAGCACACUCUGGACGAUUCAAGCGCGCAGGACUUGUUAUGAUAUCGGUUGAAAAAAUAGUAGCAGUUGCGAUUCUAGAGGGGAGGUGAUCUCAUACUUCUCUCUAGAGCAGCACGUGGCUACUUGGAAUCGAAAUCGAAGCCAGUUUUUUUGGUAGAAGUAAGUGUAUGUUUCUCUCAUUAUUGCCUAGAAUAAGCGAGUUGAUUUCGUUGCGUAACGAUGGAACGGAAUAGUAGUCAUUUUUAGUUGUUAGACAUUGUUUGUGAACAGAAAAAAAAACUCCCGUACGCAAUGGAUUUGUAGAUAAUCUGUAGCUCAUACUCAUAAUUUUAUGUUCUAUUUUGUGAAAAGUUAAACAGUUGAAGAUCUCGCGAAUCAUGUUCAGUCAAGCGAGCGAGAGUAGAUU